AGAAGAUGGCGAGGGUGUGUAGGCGGCAGCAAUGCUCCGUUGAGAGACGCGGCUUUCGGCAAGAACUGGACUCGUGGCGCCACAAGCUUAUUCACUGUGUAGGUCCCGUUUCCCUCUGUGCGGCGGCCGGCGGGACCAUAAGGGCUUAACUCAUAUAUUUAACCCCCCUCCAAAAAGGUUUGAAAGUAUUCUUGAAGGGCUGUUUGGACCUGCAUUAUUAAAAGAUCUCAGUUUAUUUAAAGAGUGUGAACCUGAAGGCAUUUCUGAUUGGACUUUUGAUGAAAAUUGUCUGUUCUGUUGCUUGAGAAGAGAUAAAGUAAAGGGACACUUAGUCCGUCUGGAUGAACCAGCUUCGGGAGCUGGGCAGGAAGCUCUGCUUAAACAAGAGCAAGCAAAAAUCAUUCGAUUCGAGAGACAAGCAGAAGAGUUCCUCAAUGCAGUCUUUUAUAGAAAAGACAGUCCCUGGGUCUUCGACCCCAAUAUUCCCCUAGUGGCCCGUGAGAUCAUGCAGCGAAUGAUCCAACAAUUUGCUGCUGAAUAUACCUCAAAAAAUAGCUCUACUCAGGACCCCAGCCAGCCCAAUAGCACAAAGAACCAAAGCCUGCCGAAAGCAUCUCCAGUCACCACCUCUCCCACGGCUGCAACUACUCAGAACCCUGUGCUCAGCAAACUUCUCAUGGCUGACCAAGACUCACCUCUGGACCUUACUGUCAGAAAGUCUCAGUCAGAACCUAGUGAACAAGACGGUGUACUUGACCUGUCUACUAAGAAAAGUCCGUGUGCUGGCAGCACUUCCCUGAGCCAUUCUGCAGGCUGCUCCAGUACUCAAGGGAAUGGUGAGAAUUCAACAGAAACUCUAGCAGUAGAUUCUAACAAUCAGUCGAAGUCCCCACUGGAGAAGUUUAUGGUCAAACUGUGUACUCAUCAUCAGAAGCAAUUCAUUCGUGUUCUGAGUGACCUGUACACUGAAUCUCAGCCAGGCACCGAGGACCUACCACCUUUGGAUUCUGGAGCAAUGGAUGCAUCCAUUUGCAACGCUGGCUGUGCCCAGCUAAGCAGCAGCCAUAGGGAAAAGGAUGCUAUGUGUCAUGAUAGGAAGUCUCCUACUUCUGUAGAUUUGUUUGUAGACUCAUCCGGCUCUCACAGCUCUGUGCAUAUCACAGAACAGACCCUGAAGGAACCUCCUCCUGAGACAAACUCUGUAGAUGGAAGAGAGAAUGCCUUGACUGUUGUCCAGAAAGAUUCCUCCGAACUUCCAGCCACUCAACCUAAUUCUAGCAGUUCAACAGAUAGUUCCACUCUGGGAUACCUCACUGUGUCUAAUUCUUCCUCACAGAACUUCCACCACAUCUCUAAAAGCUUGGAGGGGCAAACCACUGGAAAGGAGCAAGACACAAAUAUGAAAACAUGUGAGGACAGUAAAGACCAUAUGCAGAGUUCAGCUUUAGUGGAAAGUCUCCUUGGAGUAAAAGUGGCAGCUGAGAAUAGCGAGGAGGGCAAUAGCUAUGUUGUUUCUCAAAGAAAUUCAUUCAAAGCUUUAUCAGAAGAGAAAUGGGACUCAGGGUUUAUGGAGAACUCAUCUAGAACUGCCGACAAAGAGAAUGCUCUACAGUGUGGCUCAAAAACACCUUUGCGCCAGGAUUUAGAGGCAGAUGAACAAGAUGCAAGGCCAAAGCAAGAGAACCAUCUUCACUCACUAGGAAGAAGUAAAAUGGGUUACCAUUCACAUCCCAGUGACAAGGGCCAGUUUGAUCAUUCCAAAGAUGGUUGGUUAGCCUCCAGCCCUGUGCCAGCUAUACACAAAGCACCUAAUGGACAUUCACGAACCAAGAUGAUAUCAGCCUCCAUCAAGACAGCUCGGAAGAGUAAAAGGGCCUCAGGGUUGAGGAUAAAUGAUUAUGAUAACCAGUGUGAUGUUGUUUAUAUCAGUCAACCAAUAACAGAAUGCCACUUUGAGAAUCAAAGGUCCAUAUUAUCAUCUCGUAAAACAGCCAGAAAGAGUACUCGAGGAUACUUUUUCAAUGGUGAUUGUUGUGAGCUGCCAACUGUUCGCACAUUGGCCAGAAAUUUACACAUCCAGGAAAAAGCGAGCUGCUCACCACUGGCAUCAGAGGCAGUUGUGAUGCCCAAGCAGACUCUUACAGUUUCAGCCCCUAGACACACAGUAGAUUUGCAGCUUCCCAGAGAAGACCACACUGAAGGACCUAGUAAAGAAAUAACCUCUUUCAAGGAGGGAGGUGGAGACACUUCAUCAGUGAAAGAGUCUCAAGAGCCUGAGGUUUGUUCCAUGACGAAUGAACUGAAUCCCAGCAGUUCCUCUAGGCCAGAGGAGAUGACAGCAUCCAAUCCGGUGUGUCCUGGGCCUGCUCACCUCCCUGAAGAGGAUGCGCCAGAAGACAGUGCUGCAGUCUCAGCUCCCACUACAAGUGUGGUGUCUUCCCCUGAACAAGACCAACAGCCAGUUGCCCUGCUGGAUGCAGAGGAGCUGAGCGUAAUCCAGGACUGCCACCUGGGUCCCACAACUGAAAGCAUUUCUGGGCAAAGUAGUGAAGAAGUUCUUUGUAAGCCUCUGUCUUCUCCUGAAGUGAUCAGUAGAGAAGAAAGUCCUCUGUGCUUAGAAGAUCAAAGUCCCGCUGUGGAGGUGGAGCUUCCCCUGAGUCUGACACAGACUGAGCACAAGCACAGUACUGAGGUCAGGACUGGAGACACUAGGGAACUAGAUACCAACUCACCCCAGGAAGCAGUUGGCACUGGUACUGAUGAAAGCUGUGGUGAGACUGAGGAAGGAGAGGCAGCAUGUGUUACAAGGCAAGAAGGAGAAGACAGUGAUAUAAAAAAAUGCUCUUCAGAAAAAGAUGUGUGUGAUCUAAACAUUGACUCACCAGAAGAGAAUCUGGACAAGAAGAAAAAAGUUAAAAAAUUUCCUGAGGCCUCUGAUAGAUGCCUAAGAAGUCAGCUUUCAGAUUCUUCCUCUGCAGAUAGGUACCUAAGAAAUCAAAGUUCAGACUCUUCCCUCACUUGUCCUGAGACCAAGGUUUCUAAAAAUCCUGGUGUAAAGUGUUCUGAAAGAGAAGGGUACACUGGUAGGAUAACACCCGAGGGCUUUCCAUCUGAUAGUUUCCAUACAGAAGCUCUGGAGGAUACCGAAAACCUGAAUGUCAGUGAUUGUCCCUCUGAGAACGAUGCUGAGCAGGAGAGUGAAGGAGGUGGGAUUGUCACAAGGCAAACUUUUAAAAACAUGCUGGCAAAAGACAUCAAGAAGGAAGAAGGGGAGAUUUUCCCCAGCAGUGAUCCCAUAACCACAGUCAGCCAGCCACUGUCUGGAGAGAGACUGGAAAUCUAUGUGCAGUCUAAGGUGGGUGAGAAAAAUGCUCUUGUUCCCUCUGAAAAUAUUCCUUGUAGGGAGAACCUAGAGCAAUCAAAAGAGAGGCCAGGACACACUCCCACCCAGAAUGUGGAAGAGGGUAAGAGUGAGGUAGAGAAUGAGGACACUCAGCAUAAAGAAGAUGCUAGCCAUGCCCCAGCUACCCCAGUUGGGACAUCAGGUGGUCGAGGUGGUAAUGAUGCUGGGCCACAAAGGGAACCAAGGCCUAAGAGAUUGACCUCUUCAGCGUACAAUCUGAGACAUGCUCAUUCUCUGGACUCCUUGGAUACUAUGAAAGUUACUUCAGACAAGGAAGCUGCACAAAUAAAGCCAACACCAAAGGAUAACGAAGCUUCCGAGAGCACAGACCCCUUUGAGGAGGAGGAUGUGGACACAGUGGUAGACGAACAACCCAAGUUUGUGGAAUGGUGUGCUGAGGAGGAGAAUCAGGAGCUCAUUGCCAACUUCAACACCCAGUACAUGAAAGUGCAGAAGGGUUGGAUCCAGUUAGAGAAAGAAGCACAGCCAACACCCAGAGCCAGGAACAAGUCAGAUAAACUGAAGGAGAUCUGGAAAAGCAAAAAAAGAUCCCGAAAAUGUAGGGGUUCCUUAGAGGUUCAGAAGUUUUCUCCUGUUCAGAUGCUCUUUAUGACAAACUUUAAAUUAUCCAAUGUUUGUAAGUGGUUCUUAGAAACAACUGAAACCCGGUCCCUGGUAAUUGUAAAGAAACUCAAUACUCGUCUUCCAGGAGACAUCCCCCCUGUCAAGCAUCCUCUUCAGAAGUACUCUCCUUCUGGCCUGUAUCCUAGUUCACUGCAGGCUGAACGCUUGAAAAAACACUUAAAGAAAUUUCCUGGAACUACUCCUGCUAGGAAUAAUUGGAAAACACAGAAGCUCUGGGCUAAAUUUCGAGAGAAUCUGGACCAAGUGGAGACAGAAGAUGGCAGUGAUAUCAGCCUCAGUCCUAAUUCUGAAGAUGUCACAGAGGAAGUCAAGGAAGAUAGAAGUAGCCAUCCUCCCACUAAUCUACCUACUCCAGCCAGUACCCGGAUCCUUAGAAAGUAUUCUAAUAUUCGAGGAAAACUCAGAGCCCAGCAUCGACUGAUCAAAAAUGAGAAAAUGGAAAGUCCACUAGGUGUGGCUGUGGAAAGUAAACAGAGUCGGAAGAGUGUGUGCAUUAACCCUCUGAUGUCCCCCAAGCUCGCCCUCCAGGUGCAUGCAGACGGGUUUCCCCUUAAGCCCAAGAGUACAGAAGGAAUGAAGGGAAGGAAAGGGAAGCAGGCGUCUGAGGUCUUGCUUAAAGCUGAAGUUCAGAAUAAACGCAAGAGAGCAGAAGGCUGCAGCUCUCAGGACAGUAAGGACAAGGGGCCAGCGAUAAGGGCCAGCAAAGAAAAACAUGUUGAAGGACCCACCAAAACUCCUGCCAAGAAGCCAGCUGCAAGAGACAAAACCAACCAACUGCCCAAAAAGAUGUCUUUGAAAGAGAACAAAAUGAAGAUCCCUAAAAAAUCCUCUGGGAAGAGCUGCCCUACCUCCAGGAAAGAAAAGGAGAAUACCAACAAAAGACCUACCCAGUCCAUUGCCUCAGAAGCAGUGGCAAAAUCUACAAAGCAAAAGGGGACAGGUGAGUCCUCUUCUAGGCCUCAGAAAGCUGCAAACAGGAAACCAAGCAGUGGGAAGACUCGGGCCAGACCCUUGAAAAGUCCAGAGAACAGUGCAACUCAGAGAAAGAGAAAGCUCAAGGCGAAGCUGGACUCUUCCCACGGCAAACGGAGGAGGCUAGAGGCAAAGUGAUGGAAGAAUGGCAGCCAAGGGGGAGACUGUUCUUUAGGAGUAACCUUUAAUUUUGCAUUAACUAAAUCUGCUUUUAUAAGCUUGUCAAGCCUUUCAAAUUAUGAAUAGUGGAGAACACCACAAUUUGAGAUGUCAGAAAAUAUGUCUCAGGUGGAGAAGAGAACUUGCAGAGUCCUUCUCUGAGGCUGAGUAAGGGAAGUUAUAUAUUUUAUUCUGGUUGUUCCUUGGGUUUUAAACUUGGAACCAAGCAGUUUUCGUUUUAAAAGUACAGUGCCUUAUUUAUCCUUUUUGUUUUUAAAUUUACAAAAGCUAAAAAGCUGAUCUAUGUGAUUAAAGGCUUGUAUUUUAUACUUGAUGCACAAGCACUUGUACUGUAGCGGAGAAGACCACCAUCAUGCACACGAAAGGAGCUUCAGCAGCCACCUACAGCGGCUGUCCCUGUAGGUGCUCUCUUUGCAAACCACAGCAGUGACUUCCCUGUUUUGUUUUUUUGUUUUGUUAAGUGAUGUUUGAAAGCUAAACCAAAUCAUUAUUAUGGUAUGUGGAGAAUGCAGAGGAUUUAUAAUUAUUAUAAAAGAUUAAUUUUUUAUUAUCCUCUUUUUAAAAAA